GCGCGCACUGCCGACACUGAGCCCCGCCCCCCCUCCCGCUGGCCCCUGACGCAUGCGCCUCGCGCUUGCGAGCUUGCGCGUACGCACGCACACACGGCUGCGCGCGCGUGGGAUAGUUGUCGCGCGUCAGCUGUGCAGUGGGGAUGCUUACGCUGACAGUCGCGCGGCUGAGGAAGCGAGCCGAGCUGCUGUUCGUCUCCACGAUGGCUGGCUUUCAGGGCAAGCUCGAUCGCUACAACGGCGUGACCGUCGACAGCGCCGCCGAGCCCUGCGACGCCGACGCCUUCGCCGAGCGCCUCCAAGCCUCGAUCGACGAGUGGACGAGGAGCGAGCGACGCGCAAUAUGGUUCCGCGUCGACUUGUCGCAGGCGCACUGGAUUCCGGAGCUGACCAGGCGCGGCUUCAGGUUCCACCACGCCAAGGAGGAGCUGGCCACGCUUUACAGGUGGCUGCCCACUCGCGAGACUAACAACAUACCGCCGUACGCGCACACCGUUCUGGGCGCCGGCGCGGUGGUCUUGAACGAGGAGACGGAGGAGAUACUGGUGAUCAAGGAGAAGCACGGGGGUGCCAGUGCACACUGGAAACUGCCUGGCGGAUACGUCGAGCCAGGCGAGGAUAUCACCACCGCUGUCGAGAGAGAGGUUCUCGAGGAGACCGGAAUCACAGCCAAGUUCAAGUGCAUGAUUGCAUUUAGACACGUACAUCAGUAUGCCUUCGGGUGCUCCGACAUAUACUUUAUCUCCUGCCUUACACCCAGUACCUUCGAUAUUGUUAAAUGCAGUAGAGAAAUCGGCGAUUGUCAAUGGAUGAAGUUGGAUGAGUUUUUGUCACACCCACAUGUGCACGAUAAUAAUCGUUUACUGGCCAGUAAGAUCAAGGAGUACCUUAAACAUCAUAUGGGUUUAGCGGUGACUCGAGCCAUCCAUCCUAUCAACAAAAAGCCAUUGUGUGUUUAUGGUAUCGCAAAUACGAGUGACAACAAUUAAUUUGAACUCUAGCUUUAAUGAUUUUAGGUAAAUUGUCAACUGUGAUGUAUUUCAGUGUUCAAAGUCAUAGGUAUAAACUGUUAAUUACUUUAUUGUUAUCAAAGUAUAUCAAAGAUUGAAGAUUCACUUUUCAUUGUACAAUUUACAUUUUUGAUAAUCUAUUCUUAAAAUCUUUGUAUGUAUAUUUAUAUAGACUAUCGUUAAUUGUAGUACAAAUGUAGAUGCGAAAACGUAAUUGUAUAAUGAAAAACUAUAUAAAAGAAUCAAGUUCAGUCUGAACUUUGUAGCUAUAUUUAUUUGGCUUUAAGUGUUUUAUAAUUUUAAUGGACCACCGCUGCCUUUUUACAAAUUGAAACACGAACAAAACACUAAGGUGAACCUAUCUUUUACCGAUAAUGCCUUUAUAAAAUUAAAUAAAUAAAAUAUUUCAUAAAGUCACGUCAU